CUCUCUCCUCAAUUUAUCGAUGGAAGCUCUAUAUCUGAGAGGCCAUGUGAUGAACCAAAGGAUGAGAGAUAUGAUGAUGAGGAGCCCUUGAAUGAAACUCCUAUUGCAGCUAUACUUCCAGAUCCAAUCAAUAAAGGAGAUUUGGCACUUAGGAAGGACAUGAUUGGUGGAAGAGGAGGCAGAGCUGACUGCACAUCAUCGAGUAAGUAUAGGAAUGACCAUGAACGUGCUAACAUUGCAGAGGAAUCUCCCACCAAGCUAGAGAUUGCCUCCUCGCCCUUGGGAGAGGACACUCUCAAUGUUGGAAGCCGUAAAACAAACUCCUUUGUACCCAAUAAUGCUUCCAAUGGAUCUCCUGAUGUUCAAGGAUCAAUUGGGGCAGCUGCACCACGAAUUCCAAGAUUUCCGGGGUCUUUAGAUGGUUGUAAUAAUCACUUGAAAAUGAACAAAAACAAGACCACAAUUGAUUGUGCUGGAAGUCAAAGGAAGCUGUCAGAAGAACAUGAAGGUGCUGAUUCGCGUAGUCUGGUGGUUUUCUCGAAGAGUCAGUCAACUCCUACUGAUCUGAGGUCUGUCCAUGAUGUUAAUGACAUAGCCAAAGGAGAAGAAAGAGUAAAAAUACCAUGGGUUAACAAGAUUGAUGAGCAGUGUCCACCAUCCUUUCACUACAUACCUCAUAGCCUCGCUUUCUCUAGUGCUUCUAUCAAUUUCUCCCUUUCUGAGAUCGGAAAUGAGAAUUGCUGUUCAAAUUGUUAUGGUGACUGCCUGCCUUCUCCAGUACCCUGUGCUUGUGCAUGUGCAAAUGGGGGUGAGUUUAUAUACACUGUGAAAGGUCUUGUAAAGGAAGCUUUUUUGUUGAAGUGUAUUUCUGUCAAUCGCGACCCUAAAAAGAGCCACCACUUGUAUUGUCGGGAAUGCCCUCUAGAAAGGUCAAAAGAUAACAACAUUUUAGAACCGUGUAAGGGCCACCUGAAGAGAAAAUUUAUCAAAGAGUGCUGGAGAAAGUGUGGUUGUGGUAAACAUUGUGGCAAUCGAGUGGUGCAGCGGGGCAUAAGUUAUAAUAUGCAGGUGUUUAUGACGCCUGAAGGAAAAGGGUGGGGUCUGCAAGCACUGGAUGAACUGCCUAAAGGUGCAUUUGUAUGUGAGUACAUAGGUGAAAUAUUAACCAUCAAGGAAAUGCAUGAGCGAAAUUUGAAGAAGGGUGACGCUGCGAAACGUACUUAUCAGGUGCUCCUUGAUUCUGAUUGGAGCUCCAUGUGUGUGAAGGAUGAUGAAGCUCUUUGUUUGGAUUCAACGACCUUUGGAAACAUUGCUAGGUUUAUCAACCAUAGAGAUCAGGGUGAGGUGCUAGCUGAAGCUCUAAAGAUGAUGCUGUGCAAUGAUAGGCACUCACUUGACAUGCAGAAGGCUGCAGCGUCCAGAAGGUUCUAAAAUUCCACCAAUGGAAAAGUCUCAAAAUGCUUUAACUGUUGGUCCAUCAUUACGACUUCAAGGAUUGUUAGUACCGUUCUUCUCUUUCAAACGACCAUCCCUUGGUCAAGAGAAUCAAGUCAAAGUUCUCAACAAACUUGCUUCAGCUUGAGCUUCAGGAGCAGGUAGCGGCAGCAGAGUCUUGACAGAUUUGGUAGAGGGUCUAGAAGAAGCAGCCGUUGCUGUAGAAUUGAGGUUGAAGAUCAACCAGAGUCAUCCGGACUUAAAGGGAGGAUCUUUCUGAGACUAUGGAGAGGCAGUGUUGAAGCACUUGGAGAACUCUAUUGAUUUGGACCCAAAGCUUCAGAAAGCUCCAGUAAAUUAUGAAGGAGUCCGGGUAUCUGGGUUUGGAGGAUAGUUCCUUCUGAGGCUCUCGCUUUAUGAUCCUGUUCUUCCUCUUAACAUUGAGGCACCAACUCACGAUGACGCUGUAAAACUUGGACUUGCCGUGCUUGGGGCUAUUAAGGAGUUUGCAGCUUUGGAUACAUCCGCUUUAGCUUUGGUACAAGUAUCUUUCGGCACAUUAUACUAGCAGUUAAAGUUGGCUUUGGCGUCUACCUCUGUACAGUACGUAUGAUCAGUGCGUCAAUCUCUGAUUCUGAGGAGGUUCAUUUUCCAGAUGGUUUUGGUCACAGGCACUCAAAAUACUACUUGAUGGCUAUGUUUACUUUAGUUUUUACUUAUGUUCCAUGUAUGCAACAGAGAUGUUCUGAUAAAUAAGAAA